ACACUCACCAGCACACACUCAUCAGAAAGGCAUUUGAAUAAACUGGCGUGUAAAAGUAAAGUUAAAAUGAGAAGUCAGUGUGGGUGUUGCGGUGCUGGUGCAGACGCGCUGCGGCGGUUCGGAACAGCGCAAAGCGGAUUGUUUUAAAGAUGCCGAAGUAAACAACCGAGCAGUACCCAUCCAACCAGUGUUUAUGUCCUGGAUUCGAUAGUUUUAUACAUUUUGGAUUUGGUGAGGCUUUAAGAAAUAAAACAACUGAAUAAUGGUUUCCAGACCAUAACCCAAGUCCCCACUUGCUGGAACAGAGACCUGGUGUGCUGUAUAAGGGUGUGGUGGUACUGUGUUAUUGGGCGUGGUAAUGUCUCGGACAGAGGAGGUCAUGCAGCCUGUUUUUGACUGGCUCAGCGGGCUCCGCCUUGAGCACUACUGCCCCGCCUUCCAAGAAGUCGGUCUCAGAACAGUGCAGGAAUGCCAGGGACUGACCGCCACGCAACUGCUGCACAUGGGCGUGGCUCUGUCAGGCCACCGAAAGCGCAUCCUAGGGAGUCUGCACAAGCUUUGUCCAUCAGAACGAGGAAUAUAUACAGAGACAGACGAAACACAGAAGCCUGUUCCAAGGGCGAGAACUAAGUUCCGGACGUCUUCAAGGAUUGAUACCCAGGGUCAGGACCAGUCUUCCAAUCUUGAGAUUCAGAAGAAAACUCUGCCCCCAAUCCCACCACGGGCAACCCAAAAUCGGCCACCCGUACCAUUCACAUCCAAUUCUGUUAUGUCCCAAAUGACCAGUGGAAAUGCUACUGAAACUUGUGAUCCUUCAACAGCAUCCUUAAGCAGAGCAACUCAAGUUCCUGUAACUCAACCAAGACCAGUGCCUGUUCCUGCCCCUCGACCCCUGCAUUUUGGCGAGAAACAGAACAGUGGCAUCGCGAGGCCUACAUCACCCAGCAUGUCUUCUUCUUCAUCUUCAUCAUCAUCUGAACAGUUUCACCUUUACGAGCAGUGUUCCUCACCUGGUCAGGCUGAAAUGGGCAUUCCCCCUCUUCCUCCAAAGUCGUAUGUCGUGACGACUCCUAAAGGGCCUAAGCCAACUCCACCAGCCAGGCCCCCCAGAAGACCCGUUGUUCCACCACGUGGCUCUUCCACCGAUAAACUCUCACCACAAUCCAAGAGCCCAGCAGCUCUCAGUUCAUCUCCGGCCGAUGAGCUCUCGGAUUUGUUCCCGCUUGUGGACGCCCCACCUCCGUUCAGAUCAGGCACAGACUCUCCCGUUAAAAGAGCUUUGUUACCCCCCACUCAGAGACGCUUGGGCUCUACCAGCAGUAUUGAAAGCUAUGAGGAGGGGGAUACGUCUAAAUCUGGAAACGGCGAUCCUGUAGUCAUGGCUGAUAAGAACAAGUUCCUGACACUGCCUGAAAAGACGCGUCACCCCAGCCUGUACAGUGACGACGAGAUCCUGGACGAUGGAGAUCUUUCCUACGACUCGGUAUCUAACAAGCGAGACUCAUGGUUGGAGGACUACGGGCGAUUAUCCAUCAGCCAGAACAGCAUCUACCUGCCCAGUACGGGAUCAGUGUCAGGCUCGUCCUCCAGUGACGACACCAGCUCCCAACUCUGCCCUGUGAUAAAGAUGGGCUGGCUGGAUAAGAACCCUCCACAAGGAUCUCUGAUUUAUCAGCACCGCUGGGUUAAACUGGACGCCGACUACAUGAGAUACUUCGACAAUGAAAAGGAUGUAUAUUCAAAACGAUUCAUACCCACUGCCUCCAUCACAAACGUGGUUAGUGUUGGAGAUCAGAAGUUUGAGGUGGUGACCCAUAACCGGACCUUCCUGUUCCGAGCCGAAAGCGACUCCGAGAGAAACGAGUGGGUGUCGAUCCUGCGUGAUAUCGUUGUUCCAGCUCGAGCUCGGGCCAUUAACGAGAUGACCUUUAACCCCUGUGUGAGUUCGGAGAUGAAAGGCUACCUGGAGCUCCGAGGCCUGCGUUCCAAACUGUACACUGUGGUGUGUGGGGACAAAGUGUUCCUCUACAAAAAUACUGAGGACUAUAAGCUGGGUAUCGGCAUCACCUCUAUAGAUAUGAAUGUAGGAAACAUUAAGGACAUGGACAGGAGAGCGUUUGACCUCACCACCCCCUACCGAACAUUCAGCUUUGUAGCAGAAACGGACCAGUUGAAGGAACAGUGGAUGGAGGCAAUGCUAGACUCCAUCGCUGAAGCGCUCUCCAACUACGAAGUCGCUGAAAAGAUAUGGGCGGAGCCGUCCAAUCAGAAAUGUGCAGACUGCGAUAUUGCCAAACCUGAGUGGGCGGCCAUCAAUCUGGGUGUGGUCUUCUGCAAACGCUGUGCAGGAGUUCACCGUGGUCUGGGUCCCAGUAUAUCCAAAGUACGGAGCCUGAAAAUGGACAGAAAGGUGUGGACAGAUGAUCUAAUACAGUUGUUUCUGGAACUGGGUAAUGACCGGGCCAAUCAGUUUUGGGCAGCAAACGUCCCUCCCAGUGAGGCGCUGAAUGCGCUCAGCAGCAGUGAGGAGCGCCGACGCUUCAUCAACGCCAAAUACAGAGAGGGCAAAUACCGCCGCUACCACCCGCUGUUCGGCAACCAGAAAGAACUCGACAAUGCGCUGAGUAUUAACGUGCAGUCCAAUGACGUCUUCGAGACUCUCGCCCUCGUGUUUUGCGGCGCCGAUGUGAACUGCGACACGUGUAUCCCAGAAUUCCCCUCUCCCCUCGACCUGGCCAUGCACCACGGUCAGAAGCUGCAGGGCGCCUUCCUCAAGCAGAACCGCAACACAGAGAUCCCGAGGUCAGAUCUGAAGCUGGCCAUGCAUACAGAGCACUACAUGGCUCCGCCCUCCAUCACUCACAAUGGCUUCCUGUUCAAGACUGCAUCCAUGGCUCGACCAAUCACGGAACGGAAGAAUAAAGAAGAGUUCAGUAGGAGGUGGUGUGUGCUGAACGAUGGUAACUUUAACUACUAUGAGAGUGAUAAGACUGCCACGCCCAACGGGGGACUGAAGAUGCACGAGAUCGUUUGUCUGGCCGUCAACCCACCUGAGACUCAUGGGUUUGAUCAAACGUUUGAGAUCUACUCUGAUGCUGAACGUCUUUACCUGUUCGGGACCGACAAUCCUGAAACCAUGAGGGAGUGGGUCAAAUCCAUUGGCAAGUCGUUUAUUCCGGCGUGUGCCGAGGAGCUGCUGCAGAAGGAUUUCGAGAGGAUCGGCCGUCUACGUUAUAAAGACACUCUGACUUUGGAGAGCUGGAGAGUGGGCUGGUUUUGUCUGGAGAACUCCACCCUGCACGUCUGUCUGGAGGAGAGUAACGGGAGGGAUCGCAUCCACCUCCAAAAACUCCUCGAACUCUCGAGGGAUAAUGAAGUUCUAGUGCUGGUGGAGAGGGGCAGGACUCUGUACAUCGAGGGCGAGAGGAAGCUGGAUUUUCACGGCUGGGCGGCGGCAAUCCAGAGGGCUGCUGGAAGUUCUGGAGAUACGCUGAGUCAGCAGCAGCUCAUCGAGACCGAUAUACCGGUUAUAGUGGAUCGCUGCAUUUCCUACGUCACACAGUGCGGACUGACAGCAGAAGGAAUCUACCGCAAGAGUGGCGUGAACAGUAAGAUCACCGCCCUGCUCGAGGCCUUCAGGAGCGACGCCAGAUCCGUAAAGCUGAAGAAGGGCGAGCACCAGGUGGACGACGUUUCCAACGUUCUCAAGCGGUUCUUCAGAUCCAUCGAGGAGGGACUGUUCGGCCCCCAGGCUCAUGAAUGGCUCAGCACUACAGCUGAUUCAGAUGAAAGCAGGAAGAUAUCCCAGUAUCAGCUCUUGUUUGAGAAUCUGCCUCGAGUGAAUAAAGCUUCACUACGUACCCUCGUCAAUCACUUAUACUGGGUACAGAGGUUCUCAGAACUGAACCAGAUGAACGUUCAUAACCUGGCCAUCGUGUUCGGGCCGACUCUGUUCCAGACGGACGGUAAAGACUACACGGCAGGACGCGUGGUGGAGGAUCUCAUCCAGCACUACAUCCCCAUCUUCAACGUUAAUGAACAGCAGUUGAAGAAGCAGCUUGAUGAGAUCAUGUACAUCAUCAAGCUGAGAGACAACCUGAACCCUAAAAGUGGACCAGGAGGGGAUUUUAUUUGUACGGUGUAUCUGGAGGAGAAAAAAGAGAUGACCGAGCAGCACGUUAAGGUCCCGGCGACGAUGACGGCAGCCGAGUUAACGUUCGAAAUCCUGGACCGGAGAAAGAUCAACAUUAAAGAGAAAGAUUACUGGUGCUGCUUCGAGAUUAAUGAGAAAGAGGAGACCGAGCGCCCCCUGCAUUAUCAGGAGCGGGUGUUACCCAUCUUCCACUCCUUAGGGACCGACAGUCACCUGCUGGUGAAGAAGCACAGCGCCAUGGAGGCCAUGCUCAUCUACCUGGCCAGUAAAGUGGAUGCGACGAAGCACGGCAUGUUGAAGUUUCGGGAGGAGAAGAGUUGGAGUUUAAGUGCAGGAAAUUUUAACGAUCGAUACUUCAUGCUCAAUCAAACCUCGCUGCGACUUUACAAAGACGUUCGGAGUAAUCGAGCAGAGAAGGAAUGGCCUGUCAAGUGUCUGAAGGUUUAUCAGGGCAUCAAGAAGAAGGUUCGCCCUCCAACCUGUUGGGGUCUGACGGUGGUGUACGAAAGUGAAAAACAUGAAAAGCAGGAGAGGCAGCAGUGGUAUCUCUGUUGUGAUACUCAGACGGAGAUGAGAGAAUGGUUCGCUGCCUUCCUCAGUAUACAGCAUGGUGGAGUUCUGUGGCCGACCGAAUGGUUGAAGUCUCGGCCGGUGGCUCAGUCGUCUCCUCCUCUGGACUCUCGAUUGGGUAGUGUGUCUCUCAUUCCUCUCCGCGGUACUGAGAGUGAGAUGAGGAACAGCGUAGCGGCUUUCGCCUCCGACCCUCUCGCCCUACUGAGGAACCUUUGACCCAUGAAUGAGGAUGUGAAGUUGAGGAUCUUCUGAAGGUUCUUCAUCGGUUCCUGUUUGAGUCGUGGGAGAGAAUGUUUCCAGAGUACAGGAACCAGUUUGGAUUUAAUCUGAACGUACUGUAUAAAACAGAUCCUAUUCGGAUACGAUCAUAGAUGUUAUGUCUCACUGUGAAGAUUGUUUACUGGAUUUUUACUUCCUGCUGUUGCGUUAGUGUUACGUUUGCCGUCAGAUAUUCAAUCACGGUCGUCACUGUAAAGUUCUGAACUCCCCCCAGCGUGGGCGGCUCAGUGCAGCGAGAUACUGUAAGUGCUGUUGGACCAGUCUGAAGUUCUGAGAAGGUUUACCGGCUCUUCAUGUGGAUUUUGAAGUUACUACUUUUUAUCUGAAUGAUGUUUGUUGGAUUCUGCAGUCUGGAGACGUUUGGUAUAAAACGUUUGGUUUGUAUUUAAUGAUGAAACACUCGGUAGCUGCAGGACCGCAGUAAAACUAUUACUGAUCAUUAAUCUUCUAACAGACGUGCACAGAGCUGAUCGAGGCUAAAAUAUAAAGCCGCUUCCAGAUGAUCUAGUCUCCACAUUAACGUUUUAUUAAAUUAUUUAUUUUUUCCUCAACAGAUCAUUUACUUAAAGACUCCAAUCACCACUUCUUUUCUUUUCUGCAAUUCUUUAAAAUGUCCAUUUCUAUUUUCUUUUUUUAUUUCUUUAAUAGAAUAGUUCUGUACAGCGACUGUGUAAUCAGUUACGAUUAACAUACAUUAAUUUAUUGAACUUUAUUCACCCUAGUUAUGACUUUAAACUCACUGCAUCAAAGAAUCACUGCAUCAGGCUUGUUUUUAGUUCAGGUGUUUUAGCCACAUCCAGCUAACAGGUGUAUAAAAAAUAACAGUUUAGGGAAGGCCCUUUAUGUUCCUGCAUGGAUUGUAUCUCUGUGUACAAACUGAGCUUCAUAAAGACAAGAUUUAGUUUGAUAAGUUUGAUGUGAAGGAACUCUAGUGGCCCCAACCUCAAGCCCACUGCAACACCAUUAAAGAUGAAUUAGAACGUCAGAUGUGAGCCUGGCUGAAUGGGCGAAUGGGUGCACAUUCCCACAGGCACAGUCCGAAGUUGAUUGGAGGCUGUUAUAGCACAUGGUUUUGGAAUGGAAUGGGAUGUGUAACAAUCUCAUGACUACAUACGUUUAGUGUAUCUCAGAGGUGCUCGCUGUGAUAUCUGAUUACAGCUGUAAUUACUGUGUCAGUAUGUGUGUUAAAAAUAUUUAAUAAUUAGCAGCUAAUCACAGUUUGGAUGCUCAGAGCGUUUACUUAGCAGUUUUAGCAUUUUUGUUAAACAAUCCUUGAAGUUAGAUGCUCUGUUUAUUUAAAUCUCUUUUGUAUUCUCACCUAAAGCUACCUGGACUUUUAGCUUUUAGUCUGAAAUGAAAUUAUAGAAAUGAUUCUAGAGGAGCCUGAUUAAGGUUUACAUGUACACACAGUUAGGUUUAAAUUUGUUAGCAGUAUUACUUGCUCGUCAGAGCGUUUGGCGUCUAAAGAUAAUAAAACCAAACAUAAACAACUGCAAUCCAUAACGUUAUGUUUUUCUGAAACCAUUAGCUUAAGAAAAGUGCUGUUUUAUCCCCUUCUGUCAGCUAUUAAUAAAGUGAACUUGUAAACACACACAGUGUCGUAAACCACAGGUAAAACGUGUAGCUCGGCUAUUUCAUUGCACAUUUGGUUGUUUACCAUGGCAGCGUUUCACAAUCACAGAAAUGCGCCGCUGCUGUAGAAUAAUGCAGAAUUAUAAUGCAGUUCCACUCUCAAACACAAACAUUCACAUCGCUCAUAAAGUGAUUUAAUUUCUGUCAUGAAUUCCUGUCUGAAUUUCCACUAAACUGAGAGCUGUUGUAAUUUAGGGAUUCUUUUGUUUACAGUUCGAGCACUAAGCUAAACUUUUUAUAUUAAUCGUUAGAUUCCUCCAUUGUAAGUUUGCAGUUAAAUGAGUAAAAGGCCAGAAUUUAAAAAUAACAGUUUUUCACACUUCGCACCAAAUGAAUAGACGUAUGAAGAUAACUGUAUGAAGGAAACAUGCACUAUAGGAGCAAAAGUAUUGGGACAUUCCUUCUAAUUAAUGAAUUCAUGUGUUUUAGCCACAACAAUUGUUAACUGGUGUAAUAAAUCAAUUUUAUUAAGGAGAUUAUAUGCUUCCAACUUUUAAUAAAUAAGCAGCAACAGUUUAGGGAAGGUUCUUUCCUGUUCCAGCUUGACUGUGCACAAUGAGCUCUAUAAAGACAUGCAGAACAGCUUGGUUUAAAGAAACUCUCACUGAACAGUUUUGGAAUGAACUGGAACAUCAACUGGGACUUUCUGGACCAGCCAUACAGAUGCUCUUCUUUCUGAAUUGGCACAAAAUUCCCACAGACGUACUUUAAAGUCUCGUGAGAAACUUUCUCAGAAGUGUGGCUGUUUUAUAGCUGGAUAGCUGGAAAGAUCACAUAGCGGUCACUAUUUUAAUACGAUUUGUUUUUAUAAUGAGAUGUACAAAUACUUUUGCCCAUAUAGUGUAUUUAUAUUAGCUAUACAUGUUUUACUAGCAUUUCUCUCUGCUGCGUCUCACCUGCUCUGUAUCUAACAAGUUCUGUUGACGUUAAUAAACCAGAAUUUUAUUAUGAAGUCAGAAAAUGUUGUAGGAUUUUAACUUUUUAUUUGUCAUUCAUGUCUCAUUUCUUUUGAAACUUUCAGCAUUUGAAGUUCUUAAUAAUCAGAUGUUGAAGUUAAUUAGUGUUGGAUUUGUGUGUAACGUGUACAGAUUUAUAAAUGUUUAAUACUUUUAUCAGUAUGACAUUGAGGAGGAGAGAUUAAAACCUUCAAAACGA